AUGGACCGUUUGGACUUGCUGGGGUUCCUCAUCAUUACAUUAAAUUGCAACAUGACCAUUGUGGGGAAGAUCUGGCUUAUCUUCAUGAUCUUGCUGAGGAUGGUGGUGAUUCUCGUGGCCGGGUCCCCUGUCUACCAGGACGAGCAGGAGAGGUUUGUGUGCAACACUCUACAGCCAGGGUGCGCCAAUGUCUGCUAUGAUAUUUUCUCCCCUGUGUCCCACCUUCGCUUCUGGCUGGUCCAAAGCAUUUCUGUCCUCCUCCCUUCUGCGGUUUUCAGUGUCUAUGUGCUGCACAAAGGAUCCGAGCUCGUCGCCCGGGAACCUUUCGAGCCAGAUGGCUGUCCCGGGUGCCAGGACCACGCUGACUCGAGCCCUGGGGAUAAUCGCUGCCUGCUGCCCUGCAGAGAAGGGCGCAGCCUGUUGGUGCCAGAUUUCUCCUCAGGCUACAUCGUGCACCUCUGUCUGAGGACCCUGAUAGAGGCAGCUUUCGGGGCCUUGCAUUACCUCCUCUUCGGAUUCUCGGUCCCUAACAGGUUCUUCUGCACCCACUCUCCCUGCUCUGGCGCGGUGGACUGCUACGUCUCUCGGCCCACGGAAAAAUCAAUCCUGAUGCUCUUCCUCUGGGCGCUCAGCGCACUCUCGAUGCUGCUCAGCGUGGCCGACCUACUCUGCAGCGCGCGCAGGAGGACGCUCGGGGGACCCGGCAGGGCAGGGAGGAGGGCGGAUCCCGCGGCUCCCACAGCGCGGUGGGAGGAAAGGGCGGCGCUCGCGCACCCUGGCAGGUGGACCGGAGGGAAAGGUGCCCACAGCCCCAGUGGUCAGUCUGCUGUGUCCCGGCAGAUAGAGCUUCAAGAUGAGGACGAGAGUGAGGGGCUGUCUUCAGCCAGCGACAAGCUGCCUAGGGCUCGCACAAAGCCUAGGGGCAGGCCCCUCAGAAGGGACCCCCAGGACCCCAGCAGCGAGCAUUCCUUAACAUUCUGCAGUCAGUCGGCCCGGCACUCUCCGUCCAGUCCGCGGCAGCCCCAUGCCGGGCCGGCGGGCACUGGGAGCGCCCCGCUCCUGGGGACCAGAAGGUCCGAAUGGGUGUGA